AUCUCUGAUUUGAUAGAAAUGUUGUGCGACCUAUAAAGGCGACGAAUACAAGCGGAAGCGUUUUCAUGUCAUAUGACCACCUCAAAUCAACUGUGAGAAAUUGCAGACACAGCUAGAACGUUUCUCAUAGUGGAGCAUAUUUUGUUGGUUAAAUUAAAGGAAGCGUUUGCCGUCAACAGGCACCACAAACUGCACAGAUGAGGUAUCUAUUGUAUUGGUUGUUGUAAGUAACAUUCUACUAACGCCUUGCUCGUGGGUAAGUCACCUGGAGACAUGAUUAUCAAUGGAGAAGGCACCACCGUCCAUUCUGACCAUUGGGCCGCUGCGGAGGACAUGGGCAGCGAGACCAACCCUCUCCUGGGAAAUAGAGCAGAGGAGCCAAGGGCUAAAGGGGCCUCCUUUACCUCCUCGGUCUUCAACCUGAUGAAUGCCAUCAUGGGCAGUGGCAUCCUGGGCCUGGCCUAUACUAUGGCCAACACAGGCAUAGUGGGCUUUUGUAUCCUCUUGCUGCUAGUGUCCAGUCUGGCAGCUUACUCUAUACACCUCCUACUGAAGCUGUGUGAUCAUACAGGUAUCACCUCAUAUGAAGACCUAGGAGGCAGAGCCUUGCAGAAGCCAGGCAAAGUUCUUGUUGGAGUCACUAUUCUCAUCCAAAACAUUGGAGCCAUGUCGUCAUACAUGUUCAUCUUGAAAACAGAGCUUCCUGCAGCCAUCGCCAGCUUCCUGAGCCCAGAGACCUCUGGGGGGGCCUGGUAUGAAGAUGGCAAAACGUUGCUGAUUCUGGUGACGGUGUGUGUGGUUCUACCUCUGGCUCUGCUGCCCAAGAUUGGUUUCUUGGGCUACACCAGUAGCCUUGCAUUCCUCUUCAUUCUCUUCUUUACAGUUGUGGUUGUGGUCAAGAAAUCGGCCAUCCCUUGCCCCCUCCCAAGCAAUGUGACCCUGAGCAUCAACCAGAUAUCCAAUUCCUCGGAAUCAGAAUGUACACCCAAACUCUUUGUCAUCUCCAGUAAGAGUGCUUACACCAUCCCCACCCUGGCUUUCUCCUUCCUCUGCCACACUGCCGUGUUGCCCAUCUACAGUGAGAUGGACCGGCCCAGUAAGAAGAGGAUGCAGAAUGUGACGAAUGUUAGCAUCUCUCUGAGCUUCCUGCUCUACCUGGUCUCUGCUUUGUUCGGCUACCUCACCUUCUACAGCCACGUGGACUCGGAGCUCUUGCUAAGCUACGACACGUACCUACCGCGUGAUGUUUUGGUGAUGGCUGUGCGUCUGGCCAUCCUGCUGGCUGUGCUGCUUACUGUACCCCUCAUCCAUUUCCCUGCCCGGAAGGCAAUGUCAGUGCUGUUUUGUGGAGAUAGGCCUCUCUCCUGGGUGUAUCAUAUCUUCUCUACUCUCCUGAUCCUGACUAUGGUGAUGCUGCUGGCCAUCCUCGUCCCUGACAUCAGGAAUGUGUUCGGGGUUGUGGGCUCGACCACGUCGACCUGCCUGUUGUUUGUGUUCCCGGGUAUCUUCUACCUCCGGCUCAGCAACCAGCCACUCAAGUCUCUGGAGUCUGUCGGGGCUGUAUGUCUGCUGAUCUUCGGCCUGUUUGUGGGACUGCUCAGUCUGUGUGUCAUCGUGGUCACCUGGGCACAGAACCCCUGAACAGGACCACAGAACUACCCACAGCUCUGCUCCAUAGAGCCUAAAGGGAGAAUUAUGCCAAAGAAAUACUAUUAGGCAGCACAACAUAACACUAUGACCACAAAAGACUGUAUGACCACAACACAGUGGCAUGACCUCAAGAUCACUGCAUCACUUCACCCAGACUCUGAAAGCAUUUGACUGCCCAACACCCCAAUACAAUCAGUACUGUUUUUAUGUGAACUGUACCUUUUAGCUAUGGCGCUUCAGAGUUGCCUUUUUUACUUAUGGACAAUGUGUACACUUGACAAUACUACUUGAAUGUGGGAUGAUGUAUCGGAGUCGGUGAAGUUAUUCUAUUCAUACUGUUAUUUUUAAACUGCUUUUAAACUCCCUCAUUAUUGACAAGAUUAAGAAAUCGUUCAUAAUGCUCAUUCAUAAUGCUUUGGAGAGCCAAGCUCUUUUAUUGGGGCUGACCAUGCUGAAGAUCGACCAAUUACCAGAAAACAGAGGCGUCAUGCUCAUAGGGGGCACAUGUUUCCCCUCAGAUCUGUCAAAUUUUUCAGAUGUUAAGUUAAUGACAACUUAAUUUUUAAGCCCAUGUUUUAUCUUAAUUCUUUUUUUAAAGAUCUGUCAGCAGUAUUUGACAGAGGGGGCACACUGAGUGGACCAGGCAAAGAGGCCCCCCAAUUCUCCCUAGUAAAUGGUUCCUUCCAAGGUGAACCAUGGAACAAAGUAUAGAGCCAGUGAUGGGUAGGACUUGCAGAUGGUUUGUUAAUAAAUUAAUUUGACAAGCUAUGUAGCCUCCUUGUUGAAUAAAUAUUUUGUUUCUACUGUAAUACUAGCCACUUAACAAUUUUAUGAAGUUAGCUUAAACUAGCAAGCUAGAUAGGUUCCCAAUCUACCAACCACAGCCUGAAUUUGCUUGGGAGCUAGUUAUCAGUCAAAUUAGAGUAUCUUAUCUAACCAUCUUGGCUGGAAUGCCUGCUGGCAAGGUUGCUAGACUUUAGAAAAGCAAGCAAUUUCUAAAUGUACUGAAUAAGACUCACAUUCCUUUCAAUCUUUUACCCAGAUUUUGUCAGAGAAGCAUAUUUAGUUUCUUAAAAAAAAAGCACCACUAGUCAGGAGGAUACAGACAGCUCAAGACAUAGAUAAAUACUUGGUUUAAAUGUAAUCUGGCACCUUAUGAUAAUGAUCAUGAUAUGUGCCUAUAUGAUCCCAUAUACUGGUGUAAUAUCCUAGGCAUGUUAGUGCAGCAUAUCGAGAUGUGAUAUACAACAGUCAGAAUGACACACUCAUCAAAAUGACAAUCGACAACAGGUAAAUGACACCAGGUAAAGAGGUAUGCUUACAUAACCAAUGCAGAAAAAUAGGCAUAUCCUCAUGUACUUUGCCCCCUCUAAAGUGAUGGGUGCAUGACACCCCUGGACCUUUUUAACUCUACAUCACUAGUAGCAUCACUGUGGAAGACAUGACCUGCCAGAUCCCUAAAUUAGUUUUUGCAUUCAGAGACUGAGAUUCUUGUUUGUAAAUGAAAGUGCUGUGUAAAAUAAAUUAUUAGUAGUUUACGUGGUCUCUCUGACAAUGUCAUUUUCAGUUACUUAAUGUUGCUCUGAUGUGUUGAGUGAAUAUACUAUACACACCUUGACCGCACCUCCGGUAUCAAUCGUAGAAAAGUUAUCCUACUGUGUCUUACAUCGACCUGGUUUUAAAACAUUAAAAUGCUUAUCAUGGUUUAUCAGCUGUUGUAUUACAUGAUACAAUAAAUGUAAAAUAAAAGGGAAACAUUGAUUUGUA